AUGCCUCGCGCAACACGCGCAGCCGUCAAAGCCCAAGAAGAGGAAGCCAUAACCGCUGCUUUAGAAGAUCUACCACCCACGCCUGCGAAAGGACGCGUUCCUUUAGGUGAGAUAUCGAACAACGUCAACACAAGCACCAUGAUUGAAGGAACAGACACCGUAGAUGAAGCCGAGAAAGUGCCUGCACCUAAAAGCAAAAAGGGCAAAGGAGGCAAGAAAAGUAAAAAGGUGACCAAAGUAAAAUCAAAGGAGCAGGAAGUCGAGAUUCUAGAAGACGAAAAUCAGUCCUCUCAAAGUGAUGCUGCUGAGCAGGCCUGUGCCGAUCUUAUGAACAAUGAUGCUCCCAACGCCACGAUUCCUGACAGUUCCGAAUCGCCCCCGUCUCCUGCUGCAGAAGCUGCCAGCGAACAGGUUUAUCCAGGUCAUACACCCGAAUUUGAUAUUGACGUGCCAGGGGAGCCGUAUGUAAACCAAAUCGAGUCUGAAGCACGGGAAAUUCCACAGCAAGAUAGUGCAAGUGGCGGUCGGUCUGACAGCUCGGUGCAGCAAGAGCUCAAGAAUGCGAUGACCCCAGAAAAGGAGGAUGACUCCUUCGUCGGACAAAUCAAGACUCGAACGCCGGCGAAACGUAUCUCUAGAAUUGAGGACUCUGUCGAAGCACUAGACGCUCUAGAAGAUGAGAUCGAGAAAGUUGACGAAGCUAUUCCAGCCGCAGCGAGUGAUCGAUCCUCUCCGUUACAGGUUAAGAAGAGGGCAGGAACUUCAAAAAAUCACAAGGACAAACUUGCUGGAAUGCCUACCGACGGCUUGGUAGCUUCCUCAAAAGCUUCAAAGGGCAAGGCUUCCGCAGCAGACACCAAAGCUGGGGAUGUGAAAGCUAAGGAACAACCUAAUACUGGAGCCGCCAAAAAAUCAGUUCGGACUAGACCGUCCAAUGUGCAACCAGCUCCGGCUAGCGCUCAUAAGCCUAGUCAAGUUACAAGUAAUGCUUCAGGGCGCCUGUCCAAAAGAGUGAGCUCCAUUCACAAAGUACCUUUUCAGCCUGUGAAAUCAACCAAACCGCCCACAAAGUCGAACUUCGAAUUGCCAGGUGAAGCCGUUGCUCGAAAGCUUAAGGAACAACGUGAAGAACGGCAGAAACGGGAUGAAGAGGAGCAGUCAAGGACAACGCAACCUAAGCCAAAGCCUCUCCGGCGCAGUCAAGCCCCAGAGAUCAAGCUUAAUACUGCUGCUAAAGCACGGCUGAGCUUGGUAAAAAAUGCAGCGAUUGAAAAUGCAAAGCCUACAUCAGCUUCUGGUCCAAGGGUUGUGGCUAGUGCAACUCUAAGUAAGCGCCUGUCCUCCAUCAAUAGUUCGCAAAAAUUCGCUUCACAGAGAACGAGGAAAGUUUCACCAGCACCCGCUAAUACCUCAGCGAGACGGGGGCCUUCACUCGACGCGAACACAGCUUCGCGUAAAGUAAACAUAUCAAGCCCCCCGCGUCCUCCUCCAACUUCAGCAGACAUUGCAAAUCAGAAAUUGAAGGGAAGGGAAGCGUACCAGCGUGCUAGAGGAAUGCUUUCCGAGAAGGAGAAAGAAAAGAAGGCGAAGGAAGAAGCGGCAAAGAAGGCGAGAAUAGAUGCUGCUGAGAGAGGCAGGAUUGCUAGUAGAGAGUGGGCGGAGAAGCAGAAGGCAAAGAAGCCCGCUCCUCAUUCAGCUAAGGUUAGAAGUUAG